GCGCGCACACACACGCACACACACACACACGUUCGUUAAACAUUUACGGUGUGUGUGUGUCUUUUUUUCGGUUAUUGUUUGGCUUUUUCGAACAUGCCGCCUUCCAGCGCUGCAGCCUUCCAGUGAUAGUGUGCCAUAGUGAUCCUUAGGAAUUGUAGUGCCAAAAUUCCAAUACAACACAAAUACGUUACGUUUUUACCUGUGGACUGGCGCGGACAGCUGCAUACAAAAGAAAUAUCUAAUAACAACGAUAAAGGAGCUAGUUGUUAUCCAAGUUCCUUAGUGCCAUAAAAUGCAAUAUUGAAACGACAACGAACAGAGCAACAGCAACAACAACAACCACAUUUACAACAACAACAACAACAACAUCUACAACAACAAGUGCCUUCAUUCAAAACGUGAUAGUGAUAUUAAUAAUGUUUAUAUACUCGUAACAACAAAGCUUGCCACCAACAACAACUUGCAACAAUCCGCAACGACUUGCAACAAUCCGCAACGACUUGCAAGAAAUUUUCGAAUGCCUUCGCCAUUUGCCAGCCGCAACAACAACAACAACUCAAGUUCAAAGUUCAAAGUCUUCUGCAAAUUCGGCAAAUUAGUUAAUAAUUAAGUUUUUGGGGACACCGAGCCGUACAUCUAGAUAAUGUCCACAUCCACGGCGACAACGAGCGUCAUCACGUCGAACGAUCUAUCGCUGUCCGCCCACGCACACGCCCACACGCACGGUCACGCCCACGCCCACACGCAUACGCACUCCCUGCAUCCGCAUCCGCAUCCGCAUCCGCAUCCCCAUCAGCAGCAACAGCAACAACAACAACAACAACAUCAGCAGCAGCAACAGCAGCAACAGCAACAGCAACAGCAGCAUCAGCAACAGCAUCGCCUGGGCGUCGGAGUGGGCGUCGGUGUGGGCGUGGGCGUGGGCGUGGGUGUCGGCGGUGUGGGUGGCCAUCUGAGCGACGCCUCACUGUCGCCGAUACAGCAGGGCGCCAACAUAGUCGCCAGCAGCAACAGCUCGCCCUUGGGCCAGAACGGCGUUCCGCUGCUGACGACGAUGCAUCGCUCGCCGGACAGCCCCCAGCCGGAGCUGGCGACCAUGACGAACGUGAAUGUGCUCGAUCUGCACACAGACUCCUCCAAGCUGUACGACAAGGAGGCCGUCUUCAUCUAUGAGACGCCCAAGGUGGUCAUGCCGCCGGAUGGCAAUGGCGCCGGCAAUGGAGGCGGCGGCGGCGGCGGACCCGGCUCCAAUGGUGGCCACGACGAUGGCCAGGUGAUAGACGCCCGAAUCGCGGCACAGAUGAGCACACAGCACCUGGCGGCGACACAGCAGCAGCAGCAGCAGCAACAGCAGCAGCAGCAACAGUCGGAGCAUCAGCCGCUGGCCAAGAUCGAGUUCGAUGAGAAUCAAAUCAUACGCGUGGUGGGCCCCAAUGGCGAGCAGCAGCAGAUCAUAUCGCGGGAGAUCAUCAACGGGGAGCAUCACAUCCUGUCCAGAAACGAGGCCGGCGAGCAUAUACUCACGCGCAUCGUCAGCGAUCCGUCCAAGCUGAUGCCCAACGACAACGCGGUGGCCACCGCCAUGUACAACCAGGCCCAGAAGCUGAACAACGAGCACCAUGGCGUCUAUCAGACCUCGCCCCUGCCGCUGGACGCCUCCGUGCUGCACUACGGCAACGACAAUGUGAUCAAGACCGAGGCGGAGAUCUAUGAGGAUCACAAGAAACAUGCCGGCGGCUCGAUUAUCUAUACCACCUCCGAUCCGAAUGGAGUAAACGUGAAUGUCAAGCAGCUGCCGCAUCUGACGGGCGUGCCCCAGAAGCUGGAUCCCGAACUGUAUCAGCCGGACAAGCACAUCGAUCUGAUCUACAACGAUGGCAGCAAGACCGUCAUCUACUCCACCAGCGACCAGAAGGGACUCGAGAUCUACUCCGGCGGCGACAUCGGCAGCCUGGUAUCCGACGGCCAGGUCGUGGUCCAAGCGGGUCUCCCCUAUGCGACGGCCACCAGCGGCACGGGACAGCCCGUCUACAUUGUCGCCGAUGUCGAGGAGCAUUUGCAGGGCAAUGCGAGCAGCGCCGGCAAACUGAAUGGCCAGACCACACCUAUCGAUGUCUCUGGCCUAUCGCAAAAUGAAAUUCAAGGCUUUCUGCUUGGUUCACACCCCUCAUCUUCGUCCGCCACAACCGGCGUGGUCUCCACAACAACAAUCUCAAAUCAACAGCAACAUCAGCAGCAGCAGCAACAACAACAGCAGCAGCAGCAACAGCAUCAACAGCAGCAGCAGCAACAGCAGCAGCAGCAGCAGCCGCCACAUCCCAGCGACAUUGUAACCAUAACCACCGCGGGCGUGGGGAGCGCGGGCUCAAUUGUCUCCGCUGCAGUGCAGCAGCAGCAGCAGCAGCAACAGCAGCUGCUGAGCAUCAAGCGUGAGCCCGAAGACUUGAGCAAGGAUCCCAAGAACGGCAGCCUGGGCGCCUCGGCAAAUGGUUCGGUCAUAACGCAGAAGAUAUUGGGCGUGGAUGCAGCUAGAACCGAAGCUGAGGCAACUGCAACUGCAACUGCAACUGCAUUCGAAAUAGGCAAUAAAACAGCAGCAACAACAACUGCAACAACUGCAACUGCAACUAGUCCCGCCAGAGCGACAGCGACAGAUCUAGAGAUGUAUGCUACCACGGGCGGCACACAGAUUUAUCUACAGACCUCACACCAGCAGAGCAGCAAUGGCGCCAACACACAGCAGAGCACACUGCAAGCGCAAAGUCCCAGUCCCGGGCCGUAUAUCACAACGGACAGCUAUGGCAUGUAUACGGCGAGCAGGCUGCCGCCCGGACCACCGCCCGCCACCACAUUCAUAACGGAGCCCUAUUAUCGUGAAUAUUUUGCACCUGACGGCCAAGGCGGCUAUGUGCCAGCGGGCACGGCGCGCAGUCUCUACGGCGAGGACGUAUCCGUUUCGGCGGCCACGCAGCCGCAGCCCGUGGGCGGCGUCUAUGAGGCGCGCUUCAGCAGCAAUGCGCCCACCACCACCACAGUGCUAACCAGCAGCAAUGCACACCACCACAGUCAACAGCAGCAGCAGCAGCAGCAGCAGCAACAGCAGCAACAGCAGCAGCAGCAACAGGAACAGUCGGGCAAAAGCGGCGGCACCCCACUAUAUGCCAAGGCUAUAACGGCGGCGGGUCUGACCGUGGACUUGCCCAGUCCCGAUUCGGGCAUUGGCACGGAUGCCAUAACGCCGCGGGAUCAGAAUCACAUACAGCAGUCCUUCGACUAUACGGAACUGUGUCAGCCGGGCACCCUGAUCGAUGCGAAUGGCAGCAUACCCGUUUCGGUGAACAGCAUACAGCAGCGCACCGUGGUGCAUGGCAGCCAGAAUAGUCCAACCACAUCGCUGGUGGAUACCAGCACAAAUGGCUCGACUCGCUCGCGGCCCUGGCACGAUUUCGGGCGCCAAAAUGAUGCUGACAAAAUACAAAUACCAAAAAUCUUCACAAAUGUGGGCUUUCGCUAUAAUCUGGAGAGCCCGAUCAGCUCGUCGCAGCGGCGCGAAGACGAUCGCAUCACCUACAUCAACAAGGGUCAGUUCUAUGGCAUAACGCUGGAGUAUGUGCACGAUGCGGAUAAGCCAAUCAAGAAUACAACAGUUAAGAGUGUGAUCAUGCUGAUGUUUCGCGAGGAGAAGAGUCCCGAGGACGAGAUAAAGGCCUGGCAAUUCUGGCACAGUCGUCAGCAUUCCGUGAAGCAAAGAAUCUUGGAUGCAGAUACAAAGAACUCGGUUGGUCUCGUUGGCUGCAUUGAGGAAGUGUCGCACAAUGCCAUCGCCGUCUAUUGGAAUCCGCUCGAGAGCUCUGCCAAGAUCAACAUUGCGGUUCAGUGCCUCAGCACGGACUUUAGCAGUCAAAAAGGUGUUAAGGGCCUGCCGCUGCACGUACAAAUCGACACGUUCGAGGAUCCGCGGGACGCGACGGUCUUUCAUCGCGGCUACUGUCAGAUAAAGGUCUUCUGCGAUAAGGGCGCCGAGCGCAAGACGCGCGAUGAGGAGCGCCGCGCGGCCAAGCGCAAAAUGACAGCCACCGGACGCAAGAAGCUGGACGAGCUCUAUCAUCCAGUCACAGAUCGUUCCGAGUUCUAUGGCAUGCAGGAUCUGGCCAAGCCGCCCGUGCUCUUCUCGCCCGCCGAAGACAUGGAGAAGAGCUUCUAUGGCCAUGAGACUGACUCGCCGGAGUUGAAGGGCGCCUCGCCUUUCUUGCUGCACGGCCAGAAGGUGGCCACGCCCACGCUCAAAUUUCACAAUCAUUUUCCGCCCGACAUGCAGACUGACAAAAAGGAUCAUAUCCUGGAUCAGAGCAUGCUAACCAGCACGCCGAUGUCCGACUUUGGGCCGCCAAUGAAGCGUGGCCGGAUGACGCCGCCGACCACGGAGCGCGUCAUGCUGUACGUGCGGCAGGAGAACGAGGAGGUCUAUACGCCGCUGCACGUGGUGCCGCCGACCACAAUUGGCCUGCUGAAUGCGAUUGAAAACAAAUACAAAAUCUCAACAACGAGCAUAAAUAACAUUUAUCGCACAAAUAAGAAGGGGAUUACGGCGAAAAUUGAUGAUGACAUGAUAUCCUUCUACUGCAACGAGGACAUUUUCUUGCUGGAAGUGCAACAGAUCGAGGACGAUCUGUACGAUGUGACGCUCACAGAGCUGCCCAAUCAGUAGUACUUGCUCUCAAAAACCACACCACCCCCCCCCCCCUCCGCCUAAUUCCCCUCAACAGAGAGAAACACACACAAAAUGUGGACACAAUUUUGCUAACAAAAGUUGUUUCAAUAAGCCAUUUUUUCAAAAUAAACCUUAAGCUAGGCUAAGCGCUCGAUAUGAAUACAUAAUUAUGAAUAUAUAAUAUAAAUAUAUAUAUAUAUAUGUGUGUAAAACUGAACAAUAUAUUCGGAAUCGAACAAUACAAUAUUUAGUUGUAAUUGUUUUUGUGUUAGCUACUUUAGUAACAAUGAGAUUACAUAAAUUUUUUAACAAAUUUCUACUCUCGCUAUGUUAAUAUAUAUGAAAGAAAAACGAAAACAAAAAAAUGCUCUAAUUAAGUGAAAAUAUCAUCUUUAUGUAUUUAUAAAAACAUAUAUAUCUAUAUAUAUAUAUAUAUAUGCAUAUAUAUAUAUAUUACUUAUGUUAAGACAACAAGAAUAGAGUGCAAAAUGUCUGUCCAGUAGAACGUAAGUUCGCCUCUUGCUCAACGCUAGACUCUAUAGACCCUAGGUCCAAUUCCAGAUACAUAUACAAAAUUCUGUCCAAAAUUCCUUUUCAAAAUUCCUUUUCAAAAUUAACCCUAUUUACUAGUGUACUCUAUAUGAACCUUGUCUUAAGCAUUUCGUAUUGUUGAAAUCGAAAUAAUUUUUUUGUAAAAUGAAUUCGUAAAUAAAUAAAAAUAACAAAUCGUUUGUUCUAUGCCCCUGGAACUAUCCACAAUCCUGCCUAAUUACUUACAACCCUUUGUUACUUGUGGCUAUAUAAUUAUAUAUAUAUAUAUAUUUUGUAUGAUGUUGAAUUAUAUGCUUAAAAAUAAUUAGGAUCUCUGCUAAAACAAAAACAAAAACAAACAAAAACAUUUAAAAAUACGACAGAUUUUGUCCAUAUGUUUGCUUCCAAUGCCUAGAACAAAACGAAAAAAAAAAACAAAAACAAAAAAAUUGUGAAAAAGAACACACUUUAAAGUAAUUAACUUUUACAUAUAUAAGUCGCUCUGCAAUAAAACAUGUUGAUAAAAAUCUUAAUUAAGUCCAAGUUAAGGCAAUCAAAAAAACAAAACAAAAACAAAAACAAAAAAAAAACUUAAACUAAACAAAAACGGAACAAAAAAAAGAAAAGAAAUUGUGUGCAUUUGUUGUAAAACAAGAAAAAUCUACAAAAAUAAUCAACGCAACGAAGUUGAUUCAAAACAAAAAUAUAAAUAAACUACAAAGGCAGCAACAAAAUACGAAGUGAGAACAAUAAUAAUAAUAAUAAUAAUAAUAAUACUAUAUACACAUACAUAUAUCAUAUAUAUCGUAAUGAACAUAAACAUAAAAGAAUAAUUUAAAUUUUAUGCAGCAUAUACAUACAUAUAUGACAUUGUGCGUUUACAAUCUUUGUUUGCCAUAGUUAACAGCUUACUUAAUUUAAUUAACAAUUGUUUAAACAAAAAUUACAAUUAACUUAAGAGCUUUUGCUUCAAAACUUUUGUUUUCUUCUUCCCACGAAUACUCCGCAUCACGUUCAAUGCUCAAUAUUAUAUUAUAAUUUGUUUAUUAUUUUUAACGAAUACACCGACACACACACACACCUACACACACACACACACACACACCUACACACAGACACUCACUGAUCAACCUUAUGCUCUUUAAAGUUAAUGUCCCUCCCUUUUCUUAACAAUUUUCGUCAUCUUCGGUGUUGUACAUCACAAUUUGUUUUUAGUUUUAGUCUAAACUCUAAACGUAAUAAUUCAAGAUAUAUAAAUAUGAUACAAAUAAUAAUAAUAAUAUAUAAAUGAGAAUAACGGAAGAAGAGUAUCUACAAAUGAAAUGAGAAUCGAAUAUCUUGCCGACAUGUUAUAAAUCUGUAUGUUUAGUUGUAGCUAAUAAGUUUUAUGCUCUUUCUAUAUAAAAUACAUAUGUAUAUACAUAUAUAUACAUAUAUGUUGUAUACAUAUAUCGAGAUAUAUAUCUAUAUAUAUAUAUAUUUAAAAAGCCAAUAAUUUAUUUUUUGUUACCUGUUGGAAACGAUUCCGCGAAAAAUAGUAAAAGUAAAACUGAAACUGAAAACUGAGCGCAAGUGAAACUCAUGCGAUUUGUGUAUGUAUGUGAGCUUGAGAAAAUUUUCAAAACACAACAAAACAAAACAAAAAUGAACAAAUUGUACAAUAUUAUCAUAAUGAAUACACAAAAUUUAAAUAAAGAACAAAAAGUAAACGA